AUGUCAAAGUACGGCGGAUACAUGCGCUCAGCGCAGGGCAUCAUGAGUGCCUUAUCUGGCGAAAAGCCUCACUCGUCCAUCACCGAUUGGAUCGAAGUCCUCUCCUCUGACCGGUACGAGGAUUUCUCUCUCGACGGUAUCCCCGAACUCGUCGACAGUGUCAACCUCCAAGGCUCACAGGGUACCACUGAGGCCGCCCGUGCCAUUCGCAAGAAGCUCAAGUACGGCAACACGCACCGCCAGAUCCGCGCCCUCGUCAUCCUCCGCGCCCUCACCGAGAACGCUGGUCAAACAUUCAAGCUCAACUGGGCCAACCACCAAAUUAUGGAGCGCCUGCGCGACAUGGCGACUGACAACCUCCUUGACCCGAAGGUCAAGCAGAGACUCAUCCUCGUCUUCCACGCAUGGUCGAUCCAGUACGCUGACGAGCCACGCAUGGCACCUGUGGCAGGCCUGUGGAAGCAGUACUCUGGUUCUACCGCUCGCCGCGCUGCCCCGCCUCGUCCCACUGGGAGCGCCCCGUCAAGCCCACCCGAGCAGGCCGCCAAGGGCUUCUCUUCGUCGGACCCAUUCUACGACCAUUCGUGGGAACCGGCACCGGGACAGCGCGGCAAGGACACCUACGCCGACCUGGACAGCGCACGGGCGGACGCCGAGGAGCGCAAGCGUGACCGCGAGCAGCGGAUGGCUCUGGAGCGUCGCGAGGCGGAGAUCGAACGCCGCGAGCGCGAAGUGAAGCGCAAGCAGGAGAUGUCACAGGUUGAGGCUCGGCGCCGCAGCGAGGCGGAAGCUGAGGCCGAGAAACGCCGCAAGGCUAAGCAGGAGCGCAAGAACGCCAAGCACGCCCCCAAGAGACCACAGUUCAACUUUGAGAAGGAGAAACCGCAGGUCCUGUCGUCCGUCGCCAUCGCCAAUCUCGCUGCGUCCAACCUCGUCAACUCGUGCCGCCUGCUCAACCGCGAGGUUGAGAACGUGACUGAAAGCCCGCGCGUCCAGGACUGCCUCGAUAAGGCCAAGGCUGCACGACGCACGGUCGUCAAGUACAUCCAGGUCGUAACGGACGAGGAGUUCCUCGGUACGCUGCUCGAGGCGAACGAGAGAAUCGUCACUGCCAUACAGUUGUACGACAAGAUGAGCAAGCCGGCUGCGCUCGACUCGGACUCUGACGAAGAGGCGCACAAGCGCUAUGGCGACGAAGAGGCGCAGGUCGAGCGCAUCCGCCAUCGCCUCGAGGCACAGAAGCUUGAAACCCAGCGCACUGGCGAGAUCGAGAGCAUGCAGGAGGCCCAGAGGGUCGAGAGUCAGCGCCGCCAGGCGCGCGCCGCUCGCAGGGGCAACUCGGGAACCGAUGCGGAUCGAUCGGGCAGCCACAGGACGAUGGACGACCUCGCUGGGCUCGACUUUAGCGCCCGCAACCCUAACCUCCCGCGUCCGAUAGAGCCGGACUCGGAUAAGCUGAGCAUGGGCCGGGCUUCGCUCUCCGACUUCUCCGACUACGACUCCAGCGAUGACGAGUGGCGCGCCACGCACUCGCGCCGGAGCAGCCACCAGGUUGCCGGCCCAAGCCGUGGCAACCACGGCCAACUGUACGGCGAUGGUAAUUUCGACCCGUAUGCCACGUCGGAAGGCACCGGCUACGCAGAGCUGGAGGAAGAGGGCGGCAAGGAUCGCCUGCUAGACGACCCGUUCGGCGAUCCGUUCGGCGACGACCAGGCGACGACGCCGAGGCACGAGAAGCAGCGAAUGGAGUGGACCGCGAUCUAA